AGGAAGGAAGGAAAGAAGGAAGAAAAAGAAAAGAGGGAAGUUAGGGUUGGUUGAAUCGAGCAAAUAGGUGGGCGGAUAUAUGCGUAAAGGGACAAGCUUGAGAAACUCAAGAAACUGAAUUACUACGGCAACGUACAACGAAAUUCGAUCUAAUUUUUCCUUAAUAUAUACACACACACACACAUACACACAAUCUACCGAAUCAGUACUUCAAAAUUCUAAAGCAAAAAAAAAAACAUAGUAUAAUAUAGAUUUAAUUAGAUAUCGGAUGACAAGUUGUUGGUAAUAGAUUUCAUUUUCAUCGUGUACAUACGAUUAUUCGUUAGGAUAUUAUAUGCAAUGACGAGGAUAUAUUAUAGGGACAAUGGUAUGUACGAUUGUUAUAUAGGUAGAGAAGAGUAGAUAGACUCUAGAGUUAGUUCUUUGUCAAUCGUAUAGGGGGGCUUUGUGCUGUCCUACAAUAAGUUCGGUGCUACGUUGUUGCUGACGUAGAUCUCUGAUGGGAUCCACCUCCACCACCACCACCACCAUCACUAUACUACACUACCACUACCACCACCACCACCACCACCACCACCACCACCACUUCUUCCUCUUCCUUCUCUUCACCCUCUUCACCCUCUUCACCGUCACCGCCACUGUCACUGCUGCCACCAGAAAAGCUAUAGGUGCCUUUCACUUCGUUCGACUCAGUUCGCUGCUGACUCUCGUCGAAGGCGGAUAUCAUUUUUCAGUUUGCUCUUCGCGAUCUCUAACGACAGUGUGUGGCUCCUUGGACAUCGGCGAAGAACGCCAGCGUCGGGUCGCUAUGAUGGAGUCCCUCUGUCAGGUGAACAACAAGACCAACAACGGCAAUGAUUCUAACAAGGAGAACAACAAUAAUAAUGUUAACCAUCAUCAGAACAACAACAACAAUACGAUAACAAGUAACAACAAUAAGAACAGCGGCAACAACAACAGCAAUUCAGAUUGUCCGGAUCCUCAGCAAAGGCUGGCAGUGUUGAGCUUCGAACAGGUGCGUCGAUUGAACGACGUGAUGGACGAAGUUGUCAGCAUUCACGGUAGGGGAAAUUUUCCUACGUUGGAAGUUAGACUGAGAGAUCUCGUGACGGUGGUUCGUAGCAAGCUCGAAGGUGACCCGAGCAAUGGCGGUGCCGGUAUGAGGGUAAGGGACAUCAGGCUGAACGGUGGUGCGGCGUCUCACGUAUUGGCGACCGAAUCACAGCCUUACAACGAUCUCGACCUUAUAUUCGCCGUGGAAUUGUCGAGCGGCCGAAAUUACGACAAGGUUAAGGCCGCCGUAUUGGGCUCUCUGUUCGAUCUUUUACCCGAGGGCGUAAGCCGCAAACGCAUAACGACGUGCAGCUUGAAGGAGGCAUACGUCAGUAAGAUGGUCAAGGUGAACAACGACGGUGACCGAUGGUCCCUGAUAUCCCUCGGGAAUUCGCGUGGUCACAGGAACGUCGAGCUAAAGUUCGUCGACUCUAUGAGACGGCAGUUCGAGUUCUCCGUCGAUAGUUUUCAAAUAGUUCUCGAUUCGCUUUUAUUAUUUUACGAGUGCAGCAAGCUACCGAUAGGGGAGAACUUUUAUCCAACGGUCGUGGGCGAAUCGGUAUAUGGUGAUUUCCAGGAGGCACUUUACCAUCUUCACAAGAAGUUGAUAUCGACGAGGCAUCCGGAGGAGAUACGGGGCGGUGGUCUGUUGAAAUAUUGCAAUCUCUUGGUCAAGAUGUACAAGCCUUCUCAACCGGACUACAUAAAGACGCUAGAGCGAUACAUGUGCUCGAGAUUCUUCAUCGAUUUCCCCGAUAUAAGUCAACAACGGGCGAAACUCGAGAAUUAUUUGUGGAAUCAUUUCGUUGGGCCCGAAGAGGAGGCCCUAAAGUACCAGUACCUGAUGCUAUUGCACAGCGUCGUCGAGGAGUCGACGGUUUGCCUGAUGGGUCACGAACGGCGACAGACUCUUGCAUUGAUCGAAAGUCUCGCAUGCCAGGUACUUUAUCAGGAACAACAGCAACGGCUGACGAAUCAUCAGCAAGCACCACCGGGACCACCAGCGACCUACGUGUACGCUAACGGCUAUUAUUACGCACCCGUCAUACCUGCCGCGUGUUACACGUGCACCUGCAACUCUUGGAUGGCGUGCUCGUCGUGAUGCGACCCCGCCGUCGUUUUAACCAUCGCCGUCGCCAUUUUUUUCUUAUACCAUACCAACCCCGUCCUCGUUAUCAUCAUACACGGGUGCUUGAUCGCUCGUAAAUGGACUUCUUCAUUGUGUUACCGUGGCUCGUGUGGAAAACGAUGGGACGAAGUGAACGAAAGAUCGACAAUAUUCGAUCGACCGCAACAACAGCAACAACAACUACUACUACUACUACUAGUACUACUACUAUUACUACUACUACUACUAUUACUACUAUUACUACUACUAUUAUUACUAUUACUAUUACUAUUGCUACUACUACUACUACUACACGUCGGGGUUGGUAAAUCCUCGACGGCGGCGACAGCACCAACAACAACAACAACAGCAGUAACAGCAACGGCGACAGUAGUAGCGGCUAUGGCGACGACGCGACGAUGACGUCAGUGUUCGAGGGGUGGACGUAGACGAUAAGGAAAGGCCAGUACCAGUUCUUGUUUGGUGGACCGCUUUGGAGGCGAUUCGCCAAAUAAAAUAAAAGAAAAAAAAAGAAAGAAAGAUGAGCAGACACUUUUGAAAGUCACCAGCCUUUCCGAACCGUCAUUUGUCCCUUCUUCUUUUUCUUUUCGUCCCUUCUCUUUUCCCUCUCUUCUGUCCUCUUCUUCAUUGAUAUACCCUCGCGAUUGACGUCAUCGUCUGGUUGCUUUGCCAACGAACAAAGAAAGAGGGAGAGUGAUAGAGAGUGAGUGAAAGAGAGAGAGAGAGAUGAGAUGAGAUGAGAUGAGAUGAGAUGAGAUGAGAUGUGAAACUAAGAGAGGAAUCUUCGUGAAACAAAGUAUGGUUUUUGAUUGCUUGCUUGUUUGUUUGGUUCGUUCGUUGGUUGAAUUGUUGGUCGGUCGGUUGGUUGGUUGGUUGGUUGGUUGGUUGGUUGGUUGUUUGGUUGGUUGGUUGGUUGUUUGGUUGGUUGGUUGGUUGGUUGGUUGGUUGUUGUGUGCCUACCAGAAAUAUAUAUAAAAAGAAAAAUCGAAAAUAGAGACCGUUAACUAAAAUUAAAGAAGCUGUAAUUGUCCUUUCGCGAAGAGAAAAAAGAAAUUAAUAAAGAAAAAGUAUAAGGGAGGAAUCAUGAAUUAAUGAUAAUAAUAAUAAUAAUAAUAAUAAUAAUAUUAAUAAUAAUAACAUUAAUGAUAAUGAUAACGAAGAUAAUAAUAAUAAUAUUAAUAAUAAUGAUGAUGAUGAUAAUGAUGAUGAUGAUGAUGAUGAUGAUGAUGAUGAUGAUGAUGAUGAUAAUGAUGAUGAUGAUGAUGAUAAUAAUAAUAAUAAUAUUAAUAAUAAUAAUAAUAGGUACUUCCUCUCUCUCUCUCUCUCCGGUGUAUGGCGAUAUGAAAAAUAAAGUUAGAUAAAACUGAUCGUAAAAUAAUUGAUUGUAUGUGUAUAUUAUUGUUAUAGAUAAGGAAAAAAAAAGAAAAAAAAGGAAAAAAAAAUAUGAAAGGGUUGAUGAUAAUGGGGGGAAAGGGGGAGAGGGAAGAACAGUAGUACACAUCGAUGCUGGCUCUUAGCAAUUUUUUUAGCGUUUGAAGAUGGGAUUUUGAAGGAGAACAAAAAAGGGACAAAGAAAGAGAGAGAGAGAGAGAGAGAGUGUGUGUGUGUGUGUGUAUAUGUAUGCGUGUUUGUGUGUACGUGUGUGUAGAAGAAAAAUCGAGAGCGUAUCGUCAUUUCGAAGUCAUUUCGAAUGUUCACAGAGCUUACGAGAUGAUUUAUCGAUGGAAAAAAACGAAAUAAUUUGAAGAGAGAGAAAUAGAGAAACAGAGAGAGAGGGAGAGAGAGAUGAAAGAAGAAAAAACUUAUCGAGAAUUAUUUUCUAUAAUCUUCUUCUUUUUUUCAUUUUUUUUCUUUUCUUUUUUUUUUUUUUUUUUUAAGGAAAGGGGAGGUUUCUUCUUUGAUUAUUUUUCUCUUUUUUCUUCUUCUUUUUUUUCGCUUAUUUCCUUUCAAGAUUACAAGAUCGCGUGUCGAGAGAGUAAGAGAGAGAGAGAAAGAUGUAGAUAAGAGGAAGAGAGUUUAAAAUGGGAGUUUGCAUUAAUCUAUUAAAAAAAGAAAAAGAAAAAAUCUCUUUGUAUAAAUAUUAUAUUUAAAUACAUCUGUAUAUGUAUAUAGAUUUAUAUGUAUAUUUAUACGUAUAUAUCUAUAUAUCUAUUUAUCUAUAGAAGUGUAUAUAUAUAUGUGUAUGUAUAUAUGUAUGUAUUUAUUACAUCUAUAUACAUACACGCAUGCAUACACACAUGCACACGCAUACACACACACAUUCAUAACCUGUAUAAAUAUCUCUCUCUCUCUAUAUAUAUAUAUUAAUAUGUGGCUGUGAACACAUUUCAUUUAUUUAGACAAUUUACUACCUAAAGAAACGCGAUAAAAAAAAGGAGAAGAUGGUUUCCCAUUCGAGAGAAAGAGAGAUAGAUACUUGAUAUAUUAUUCGAUCAAUGGACAAGGACGAUGAGAAAGAAAAAAAAAAAGAAAGAUAUAGGAGAUGUAAGGAUGAAAAUCGAAUGGAAAAAAUAAACUCUUCUUUAUUUUUCUACGUUACUUUUGUGAUAUAGAAUUUCUAACGAUGAAAGGAAUAAAAUAAACUUCGAUAAAAGCAAAGGAAAAUAGAAAAAGAGAAGAAAAAGAAAGAAGAAAAGAGGAAAAGAGAAGAACCUUCAAAGAUUUGAUUUAAAAAAAGAAAAUCUCUGAAGAGAAAAUAAAAAAGGAAGAAAGAUAGUGGAAAAGUAAAAGUCACUUAAUUUUCGUAUUUAAAUCAGAUUAAACAAUAAAAAUAACGAUAAUUAGAUAGAAAAUAAUUAUUAUAAACAAUAACUAAAUAAAGGAAAAUAAAUAAAAAUGAAAAAAGGAGAUAAAACCCUUUCUCUCUCUCUUUCUCUCUCUCUCUCUCUCUCUGUUUCUUUUUUUUUCUUUUUUCUUUAUUUUUUCAUAUUCCAAAAACAAGGAUAAAUGAUGAUGAUGAAGAUGAUGAUGAAGAUGAUGAUAGCUUGCAUAAGUUUCUUUAUUAUAAAAAGAUACACACAUACACACGAGAUCGUAAUUAUUUAAUAGUGCGUUCGAGUACACAAGUUAAAAACAUUAGUGACACAGAGACACCGAUGUGUAUACACUUAAACAUAAAUAUAUAUAUAUAUAUAUACAUACAUAUAGAUAUAUAUUAAAAUAUACAGAGAAAAAAAAGGUGAAUCACGUAAUGUAAACGCGCGUGUGUCCGUGUGUCUAUAAGCGAAUUAUACAUACACGGAGACACCGAAAGAGUCAUACGAGAGAUAUACAUACAUACAUACAUACAUACAUACAUAUCCGGAUCUUCGCGUCUUGCGUUCGCGCGCACGCAUGUAGGUUCUCAUUUAUUCACUCGCAGUACAUACACACAUAUUCUCUCUCUCUUUCUCUCUCGUUCUCUCUUCCUUCCCUUACGUGCGUACUCGUAUAUAUAUAUAUACAUAAGUGCGUGUGUACAUACAUGCUUAUGUUCUGUUUCUGCUAUCUGUUAUCUCUCUCUCUCUUUCUCUAUGCAUAUAUGUAUGUUAUAUAUAUAUAUGAUUGUGUAUGUAUGUAUGUAUGAUGUAUGAUGUAUGUAUACGUCCGUAUCGACUGGUGACCCCGUUAGUUAGCAGCUAGCUAGCUAGCUAGCUAGCUAGAUAGCUGGUUUGCUCGCUCGUUCGUUCGUUCGUUCGUUCGUUCGUUCGUUCGUUUGUUCGUUCUUUCUUUCUUUCUUUCUUUCUUUCUUUCUUUCUUUCUUUCUUUCGUUCGUUCGUUCGUUCGUUCGUUCGUUCGUUCGUUCGUUCGUUCGUUCGCUCGCUCAACUCUUCCUUUCAGUCUCUAAGCGAAAGUAAAGGCCUCGCGUAAAAAAGGUUCACAAACAGGUUUUUCUGGUAUUUGUUAAUGCUUAAGAAGUUGCAAAUAAAUAAAUAAAUAAACAAAUAAAUAAAUGAAUGAAUGGAUGAAUGAAUGGAUGAAUGAAUGAAUGAAUAUAUAUGUUUGUAUAUAUAUAUGUGUGUAUACAUAUAGAAAUAUAUAUAUAUAUAUAUAUGCAUAUAUAUAGAAAUGUGAGUGUGUAUGUAUGUGAAAUAUAAAUACCAUAUGUUCGUAUAUAACGCAAAAGAUUUAAACGCGUAUUCCUCACAUAUACAUACAUAUGUAUUAGCAUUAUUAUGUGUGUAUGCAUAUACGAAGAACGUGAAAGCCUUUAUGACUUCUAUUGUCAUUUAUUAUAAAUACAAAUGAAUCGUUAAAUGAGGUGAAAUUGUCCCGAUAAUCUCUCUUUCUCUCUUUUUAAGUAUAUCUAUUUACAUAUAUACGUAUAUAUGUGUGUUAAAAAAGAAAAAAAAUAAGAAAAGAAAAAAGAUAGAAAGGAAGAAAAACUCCAGAGAUUUUCUUUUAGAUGAAAUAUUCAUAUUCAAAUUUGAUUUUUAUUCGUGAAAAAGAAGCUGUGCCUAGAGGAUAGAAGAUGCUUUCAAAGAAACGCAGGAAUAGAAAAAGGAAGGCGAAUUUAAUGAUGGUCGGGCGCGAUGAUAAGAGGAAGAUAAGCAGAAAUGUUACGUGACGAUUUUUAUUUAAUAUUUUUUUAUGGAGAGGAUUCACUGUAGGAAAAUAGAAAGUAUAUAUAUAUGUGUGUGUGUGUAUGUGUGUAUGUGUGAAACGAAAAGGGAAAAAGAAUAUUUAUGGAGCGUCACGAACCAAAGAGAAACACGCACGAACUUGACUUGUUUAACUUAUCGCGUACGAUAUAUAUAUAUAUAUAUAUAUAUAUAUAUAUGUAUGUAUGUAUGUAUGUGUAUAUAUAUAUAUUAUCUGUGGGCGCGCGCGCGUGUGUCUGUGUCGUUUUUGUUGUAUGUAUGUGUGUGUACGUAUUACGUGAAGUAGAUUUAUAUACCGGAUGUCCCACGAUAAAUGUGUCCACGGUGAUAUCAAUUGUAAUUAUUAUCGAAUGUAGGUGCUAACGAAAAAAAGAAAGAAAAGUACAAAAAAAUAAAAAUAGAAAAAAAAAUACUAAAAAUACAAAGAAAUAAACGAAAUGGAAAAAAGAAAAAAGAGGAAGAGAAAGAUAUUCAAAAAUACCAAUUGGAAAAGAGGAUCGAUCGAAUAGAGAAAAAAGAGAAGAAAAAGAGCCAUACAUGAGAAAGAAAAUUUCCAACAAAAAAAAAAGAACUUCAUAGCGAGUAACAUCGAUCUUCUUUUUCUUUUUCUUUUCCUGAUGAUGAUGAUGAUGAUGAUGAUGAUGAUGAUGAUGAUGAUGAAGAUGGUGAUCGAACGAAAAGUAACAAAAAAAAAUUAGAGGUGGGGUAAAAGUUUGAGGAAGAUCGUGCGAAAAAAAU